AAAGAAAAAAAAAAAAAAAAAGAAGAAAUUGAUAGGCAAGGACUGCGACUAUAAUUUCGAUCCUGAUGCCAAUGGGUGCUGCCUCCUCCAAUCCAGUCCGUAGGUGUAAGUUAUUAGACUUGGAGGAGCGUUGGCCCAUUAAACGACUUAAAAAAGGGGAUUCUGCUCAUGGUAAUGGUAUACUGUUAGAAGACAGAAUCAGCAGUUUACCUGAUGCUCUACUAGGAGACAUACUCUCAUUCCUUCCUACUAAGGAUGCUGUUGUUACCAGUGUAUUGUCUAGGCGAUGGAGGCGUGUUUUCACCUACAUCUCUUUGUGUGGACCGUCCUUGUCUGCCUGAUUCUUUCCCCAAUUUCAAGAGAUUUGUUGAUAACUUAUUGCAACUGUGUCACUCUCACAACAUUACCACUUUUAGACUUCACUUUGGCAGGGAUGAUCUAAGCCCUUACAAAUUUGGAAGGUGUAAACAAGGUUGUUUACCUCAGUUAAACCCUAUGCAUCUUAAUACUUGGAUGUGUUUUCCAUUAACCCGUGGGGUUAAAGAACUUGACAUUCGUGCUUGCGUUAGGGAACCCGGUAAGCUGCCUUCGGCCCUCUUUGGUUGUCCGACACUCGAGGUGUUAAAGAUCAAUGUGAAUCUUCAUCUUGAAGUUCCUCUGUCUUUCUGUUUGCCAAACUUGAAAGAGUUCAAUCUCACUUUACCCGUCAUUCCUGAUGGUGACUUCGCGACUAGGCUAGUUUCAAGCUGUCCAUCCCUUGAACACUUUACUCUGAAUGGUUACUGGAAUCCUUUGAAUCCCAUUAUGAUAUCUUCACCAUCACUUCGUAGAUUAUCUGUAAUUACUCGUACUUUUGGGAGUAGUUACCUAAGGACCGAGGUUGUACUUGAUGUUACUAAUGUGGAGUAUCUAAUGUAUGACGAUGUUUCUGCAUCUCACUACUACAUUGGAAAUCUGAAUGCUCUUGUGGAAGCUGAAAUCAACCAAAGUGUUCCUGAGGGUACGCUUAACCUUCUUUGGCGGCUGUCUAAUGUUCGUCGUUUGUUUCUGAUGGAAUCAUGUGUAGUGGCUCUGCAUCUUUGUGAAUCAGAGCAGCUUAAGCUGCCUGUCUUUCGUAAUCUGAAUCAUUUGAAGCUUGGUUGUUCUGCCUUUAUUAGUUGGUAUACAUUGUUGAUGGAGCUGCUUAAUUGUGCGCCUUUUCUAGAAACACUUAGUUUACCGAAGGGAAUCGUAUUUGAUGAUGAUGAGGAGGAUGAACAUUAUAUGGAGAUGUCUGGGCAAGAGUGUAAGUCUUGGAGUUGUACUCCCAUAAUCCCAUCUUGUCUGGCGAGUAAUCUCAAAAGAAUCUCAGUACACGAUUACAAGCUGACAGAAUGGGAACUGGAAGUGGUUAAAUAUUUUCUGAGAAGCUCAUUAGUUUUGGAGGAAUUGGAUGUAGCUUUGGAUUGUUCAAAGUCAGAGACUGAAAGGACAUCGCUCAACGAGACAUUACAGAAGCUACCAAGAGCCUCAAAGACUUGUUCAAUAAAAGUCAGACAUUACAGAAGCUACCAAGAGCCUCAAAGACUUGUUCAAUAAAAGUCCGUAGAGGGGACUGAUUGUAUGGGCACUCUGUAGUAGGUUGAAUAACCAAUUUGGCAGUGCCUCGUACGUUUCUCCGUGUGUUCUGUACUAAGUUAUAAAGACAUGACUGAUAGUAGAGGUGGGCAACGUGCCGUGCCUGCAUCAUGGCGUGUCGUGCCAUGCCGGGCCACCAUUUAGCACACCCCAGCCCAUAGCACGACCAACAUGCCUGGCAUGUCGUGCCGGGCACCGGGCCGCUUGUAAUUUUUUUUGAACAACUUUUAAAAUGGAUAUACUAUUUAAAUAA